UGGGUUGGAGGGAUCUGGAAGCAGGCUGGGGGGCUCUGACAAACCACCUUGGAGCUGACAUCAGAGAGAAACAGCAUUCUGUGAGGGAGCUGCUGUGUGAUAAAGAAGGGACUUCUGCUGCAGCAUGUGGAAGCUCAUCACUAUAGGGGUGCUGCUGGCUGCCAGUUCCUUACCAGUGUGCCAUACCUCGAUAUUUUACAGCUACAAGGAUGCAAACCAAGUCCUGAAGAUCCAAAAGAGGGCCAACUCUUUCCUGGAGGAGGUGAAACCAGGCUCUCUGGAACGUGAGUGCCGCGAGGAGACGUGCGACUUUGAGGAGGCCAGUGAGAUAUUUGAAACCAAGGAAGCCACACUAGAGUUUUGGAACAAAUAUGUAGAUGGAGAUCAGUGUGCACAGAAGCCUUGUUCCAAUGGGGCCUGCAAGGACAACAUUGGAUCGUAUUCCUGCAUCUGUGACAAAGGCUGGGAGGGAGCUCAGUGCAAUUAUGAGGUCAAAUACAAUAACUGUUCUGUGGAUAAUGGAGGAUGUCAGCAUUUCUGCAAGGAAGACCCUGCCAAGCAGUGCCGCUACUGCAGCUGUGCGUCUGGCUAUCAGCUGACGAACGACCAUAACAUGUGCGCACCUGUAGUGGAGUUCCCCUGUGGACGAGUGAAAAUGGACUACCUUGAAGGCAAAGCAGAAUUCAAUAUUCGGCUUAUUGGGGGAAACUCAGGAGGAAGGGGUUUUAGCCCUUGGCAGGUUAUGCUGCAAAAUCUGAAAGGGAAAUUUCUGUGUGGAGGUGUUCUCAUCCAUCCCUCUUGGGUCCUAACAGCUGCACACUGCGUCGAGACAGGAGAGACUCUCAAAGUAAGACUUGGUAUGGAAAAAAUCCAGCCCUUUUUUUUUAAGCACCUCUUUGAAAAUUUCCAGCUUACAUCACCUCAGAAGAAAGAACAGUGGGUUAUAAAGGCAAAAGUCCCUCUGGAUGGAGAAGCGGGUUGUCUAGGAAGUACUUAGCAUGCACCUUAGCAC